UUCAUGUUGGUGAGAUUUUAUUAGAACAGAUACGUAAAGCUUUGCAUGAUAUAGCACAAUCACAGAUUGAAAUUCAGAAACUGAAUUCUGUGAAAGAAAGUUUAUAAAUUUUCAAUAUUUUACUGCAUCUUUUAUAAAAUGGAAGCUUAUGAUGUCAUUAUAAAUCAACCUGUAGUCAUUGAUAAUGGCUCUGGUGUCAUCAAAGCCGGUUUCGCAGGUGACCAAGUUCCAAAAUGUCAUUUUCCGAACUACAUUGGUAGGCCUAAACAUGUUCGUGUCAUGGCUGGUGCACUGGAAGGUGACGUUUUUGUCGGACCAAAGGCAGAAGAACAUAGAGGGUUACUUACCAUACGCUAUCCAAUGGAACACGGUAUUGUCACUGAUUGGAAUGACAUGGAAAGAAUAUGGCAGUAUAUUUAUUCAAAGGAGCAACUCCAAACUUACCCAGAAGAGCAUCCUGUGUUAUUAACAGAAGCGCCUUUGAACCCACGUCGAAACAGGGAAAAGGCGGCGGAAAUAUUUUUUGAAACCUUAAAUGUACCUGCACUGUUCAUUUCAAUGCAGGCUGUUCUAAGCCUUUAUGCUACGGGUCGUACAACAGGCGUUGUACUGGACUCUGGUGAUGGUGUAACUCACGCUGUUCCAAUUUAUGAAGGAUUUGCUAUGCCUAACAGCAUAAUGAGGGUAGAUAUUGCUGGAAGGGAUGUCACUCGACAUUUGCGCACUUUGCUACGAAAAGAAGGUUGGAAUUUCCGAACUACGGCUGAAUUUGAAAUAGUAAAAAUGAUUAAAGAGAGAGCUUGCUAUCUCGCCAGUAACCCUCAACGUGAAGAAACCACAGAAUUGGAGAAAGCCCAAUAUACCCUUCCUGACGGAAACACGUUAGAAAUAGGUCCUGCUAGAUUCAGAGCCCCAGAGAUUCUUUUCAGACCAGAUCAUAUUGGUGAAGAAGAUGAAGGCUUACAUGAAGUAUUAGUAUAUGCUAUCCACAAAUCAGAUCUGGAUUUAAGAAGAGUCCUUUAUCAAAACAUUGUUCUUUCCGGUGGUUCAACUUUAUUCAAAGGUUUUGGAGAUCGCUUAUUGAGUGAAGUUAAGAAAAUAGCACCAAAGGAUGUUAAAAUACGAAUUUCAGCUCCUCAAGAAAGACUAUAUUCAACAUGGAUAGGAGGUUCUAUCUUAGCCUCAUUAGAUACCUUCAAAAAGAUGUGGGUAUCUAAAAAGGAAUAUGAUGAAGAUAAUGCACGCGCUAUUCACAGAAAAACAUUUUAAUAUUGCUCUGAGCUUUUUAGGGUUAAUUUAAUCCUCACAUUUGGCUAUGAUUGGUGAUAAUUUUAUACAUUUUAAUUUAUUCUGACUACUAGACUUAUUAAACUUAUUGUUUUAGCAUUUUCAUUGUUUUAUACUAUGUUAAAAUGUUAAGGCAAAAAAAUAAUUCUUUUUAUAAAGCUUUGGAUAAAUGUUUAACUCAAAUGUUAAAUCUAAACUAAACUAUUUGCAAACCAAUGAUUCUGUGAAUAAAUAUGGUUCAUAGCUUUA